AUGUCGGAAUUGCAAAUAGAUCAUAGGGCAAGAAGUCAGACUUUCUCCCAUCAUAGACGAAGCCGUUUGGGCUUGAAACAAAUGCUUAAUUCAGGAAUGAGACAACGGUCCGGAUCAACGCCACUGAUAUAUCCCUCGAAAGUGUCUUCACGCCUGCCGUCUAAAACCAUCAGCGGUAACUUAUCUAUGUCUUCGUCUGGGACGAAUCAAUUAGUCCGAACCCGAUCCAAAUCGACAACAGAUCUAUUUCUUGAGAAGCAGAGGUUGAGAUCGGGCCCAACAAAGAGUCAGCAGCCCGGUUAUUUGGAAUUGGUGGACCCUUUUCCUGUGCUUCCUCCUCCAUAUGAAUGGAUUGCGCCUGGAAAGCCAAAAGCAGUAUUUCCUUGUGGACCGGCAGCAGAGAAUCCUCCAUCUUACUCACCAUGUGUGUAUAAGAUUGCCGCCCUGAUGAGGAAAAUGGAGUGGGUUACACCUUACCAAAUGGCUCUGCAACGUCACUGGAGGACUUGCUUGGUUGAGCUUAACUCAACUCAACUCAACAUUUACGAAUAUGACCCAGAUGAGCUUUUUGACACUCCUGCCGGAAAUGCAAACCAGGGUUCGGCACACUCGAUUUUCUCGUUAAGGAGUGGCCAUCGUUUUGGGCAUAGAAGUCGGACAAAGUCGUUUGCAAGCGAAGCUUCGAGCCGAUCCAGAGCAUCCUCUGUUAGUACCAACAACGAUGCUGCAGAUUCGAGAAACAUGGCCAACGGCGGUAGAUAUAAUGUGGAUGAUUUUCGCUCUGCAUUAACGAAAGCAGAUGAUCUAGAAAGACUGGAGUUGUUCAGGAAUCGGGGAAUUAUGAACAAGGACAGACUAGAACGUUCGUACACGUUACAAUAUGGAAAGGUAGGCCUUGCCAUAGACUACAAAAAAAGGAGAUAUGUGCUUCGUUUCAGGCUGCAAACAGAGCAGUUUCUUCUUCAGUUUCCGUCGGCUGCGAUGAUGAUCGAAUGGUAUACUGCAAUCUCUACAGGCAUAGAUAAUUCCCUUGAUUUGAACAGAAGACCGAUGCCCAAAUACAGGACUGUUCCUAGGAGGAGAAGACACCGUCGUAAUCAGGAAAGUGAACAUCUCCACUAUCAUUCAUUCGAGAACUUUCUGAGAGGUUCUUCAUCUGACUUAAGUGGGAUGAUGUCGCACUUCAAGCAUAAGAUUAAAGGUGCUGUAAAAUCCGGUACGCCAAUGAGUCGCUCAUCUAACUCUUCGUCAAGAAGUCUGGAUCAGGAAGAGCAGCUAGAAGAAGAGUCUGGUAUCGUCAACAAUGAUGCAGAGACUUCUGAAUGGCUAAACUCAAAUGAAAGAUCAUCAGGAAAUAUUUCUGCAUUGCGUUCUCGAGCUCUUACUGAUCACACUAUAGAAGAAUAUGGCGAAGAUUUGAAUUCUCCGAUAAGCAAUUCACGUGAUGCACCGGAUGACCAGGGAGAGGAUAUAUCUAGUCUACACGAUAUAUUGUCUUCAAACUCGAGCGAAAAUCAUGACCACUUAAGUGCUUUUGAGGAGGUUUCUGAAUCAGAGGUUGCCGAAUCGGCAACUGGUGAUUUACUUGGAUCCAGUAGCAAUCAGGUUUCUGAGGAAGCAUUGCAGGACGCACUUCAAAAAUCAAGAAAUACUAGAAAUACGAAGCUAGCGACCGGAAAUGACUUGGUGACAAAGGCUGUUCAAAUACAGCCAAUAUUGGAUAUUCCAUUAGCCCCUGACAAUUCUGGCACAUUGAUACGGACAGUCAUAUCGAAUGCUUCAUCAUUAUCCUCCGCCAAUAUCGGCUCACCAGGAUUGGUAUCAUCGACACCAACCACUUCAAUUUCAAGUAACAUAUUAUCCCCAGCCAACGUGAAAAGCACUUCACAGACUCAGGCCGAGGAUAAUAGCAAUAGCAUAGUGAUUUCUGGCUUUGACGUGGAAGAAGAAUCAAUUCAGUAUGUGGACUUCGGCGAGAAAUUAAAGCCUUGCACUAGCUUGCUUACAUUUCCUACAAAAAGAAGACAGGUCAAGGAUGCCAUUCGCUGCAUGUUUCCUUUGCUGAGUACCGAAAAAUGGACUGGUAAUUACUUGGUUAAAGAAGCAAGCCCCGCCUACAAGCCGGAGACUGUAUGGAAUAUGGAAUAUGAUCCAAAAAAGUUGGAUCCACGUCAACUGUUAACUAUGGAGCGGAGGUAUCAUGAGUGCAGUUUUUUGCAGGAGUAUAUGGUUGGCCAGAAAGAUUUAAUCGCAAAAAUUAACUAUGGAUUUGACGAUAAUAGAUAUUGUUUCUGA